CUCGACUGCUUCCGGCGGCAGCGGCGGUCGUUGGCCCUCAGUAAAGAUGGCGGCACGCGAGCAGCGGCGGGGCGAGGUGCCCUGGCGGCCGCGGUGAGGGACUGAGGUGAGCGGCCAUGCGGCCGGCGGGGCCUGUGUGAGCGGCGCGGAGAGGCGAGGCGAAGGGAGGGCUGCAUCUGCCGCCGGGCGGGGGAGAAGGAAGGCUCCUCGCAGCGCGGCCACUUCUGGGGAGCUGGGCAGCUGCUCGGCCGUGAAAUGGCGGGUCGGGGCCUGGCCGAGGCCUGUGAGUUCCGCCGAGGUCUGGGCGGGAUGUGGGGACGGCGGGGUGCGCCUCCGGGACUCCAGCGCGUUGUGUCCCAGGGCCCUCGGUUCCCUCCUCCGCAAGGAGCAGCGUCUGUGGAUUAUAAAAAUUUCCAGCGAUAUAAAUGAAUUAGUUGUGAGAGGCUUCUCGAGGUUUUCUUCAUUGGAAAAGACGAAAUAAUCCGCAAGCUUCUUCUUUCUCCUGCAGUAGGACUUGCUAAUUCUUUAUUCAAAAUAUAAAAGGCUGUUCAAGAUUUAUAAGACUGUUAAGUAUUUGGCAUAACUAGAAAACUGAAAAUCAAAGGUUAGAGUCCUUUCCAGUUACUGACUCUGUACGUAAUUACCUAUGUGUAGGUAAUUGUGUAUGUACAACAUACAAACCUAGAGAAAUGUGUAUAUACAUAUAACCUGUGUGCAUACCUGUGUGUGUAACUUAGGGCACCACAGAGAGGCUGAAGGGGCUGUUCAUCAGCUGCUGUUGGCAUCCAGCUGUCUGUGUACCAGCAGUAUUUAGGAAUGUUAACUUGGCAUAUAUGUAUGCCAUAAGUGCAUAUGUGUGUCACUUCCAUAAGAUGGGAAUAAACUCUCUUAAUUGCUCUCAUAAAUCUCAGAAGUUGCUUCAUCAGUGAUGAUCUGUCUUGACAGAUGCACCCCAGUGGCAAACAGCACCAAGUUUCCACGUACAGGUUGAAUAAUCAGCUUCAUACCUGGCUUCUCUUCAGAACUCACAUUUUUUUGCCUAUACUUCUAAUCUGGCACUUCACCAGAGGGACUUCUGAGAAUUUUUCAGAGGUCAUAGGACACUGCUGUCAUGUCCUGGGUUCAAGCUGCAGUCAGCCAAUCCAAUGAGGAUAUAUUUGAUGAAGAUGCAGAUGAGAUGUAUCUACUACAGAAGGAAUGGAACAGCACCAUGAAAAAAAGAUUGAAGGAAGGCUAUAGGGAUGGAGUUGAGGCUGGGAAAGAACUUGCACUCCAGAAAGGCUUUAAUCAAGGCUACAGACAUGGUGCCGAGCUGAUGAUUACAUGUGGCCAGUUCAAAGGAACCCUGAAUGCUCUCUUAUCCUGGUGUCGUUUUAAUGGACAUGAUUCUGCUUUAAGUAAGAUAAAUAAUCUUCUUGAUGUGGUUGGAAAGCAUGAAGAAGAUGUGCUUAAGUAUCUGAAUUCUACUGAAGAACAGCCACAUCUUAGACAUGUUUUAGACUCUGUUGAGGACAUGGACCUUAAUCACACAGCUUCAGCUGGGACAGAGCACAAGGAAGUUAAAGAUGGAAAACAAGAGGACGGUGGCAGCUCUGGUGAAAACAUUUGUAGAAAUAAUGUUUUUACAGUGAAACCAUUCGAGCCUCAGGUAUUCCUUUCCAUUCAAAAGAAAUCCUGCACAUGACUGUUUACCUUAGAAGCUGCACCAAGUCAUCACAAACCUACAGGAAUAAGAGAGGAAUUUCAUCAUUCUUGCCAUCCUUUGUGAAGCAUCUCUUAAAAGCAUUUAAUUGGUAAUGAUAAGCUUGUUCCCCAUUACUUUUAAGUAGCUCAAUGGUUAGCUUAAAAAAACCCCAACACACAAAAACCAGACUAACAGUACAAUAGUAAAAACAUAAUAUUACUCUAAUAAUUGGAAGAACAAAGGCUCUGUGAAAGAAGAUAAAAUUAAUAGAAAUAGUUUGUUGGUAAAUCUCUUUCUAGAAAAAAAAAAACAAACAAAUGCAUCUUAGCCAGCCCGGUUUUUCUUUUAUUGGCUGUUACAGUGCUAGAAUUCUCUGGGUAUGCAUUUCCAUCCAGCACUCACUGAUCAACAGCCCUGUGCUGGUUAAACAGAACAAUCUGAAAUUCCUGGGCUGACUGCAACUAAAAAUAAAGGACAAAGUUAACUUCAAAGUAAUGUAAUAAUUUGGAUACUUACUGAUAAAAACCAGACUUUAUAAUCCCUGUCCCCCCCAACAGCUUGUUAUAUCUUUGAUCUGAAGGAUUGUCUAUAACACUUAACAACUGAUGUGAACUUCAGGGUGAUAUUUUGUGAAUAAUGGAAAUUUUGCAAGAAAAACGUCCCCACUAGUAGGAAUACACAGACUCUUAAAGAAGGCAAAACCAGAAUAGCUCCAAGACAUCCACUGAGAUUAUAUAUUUCCUUAGUAGGAAAAUACUUAAAACACCUGUUAUUUACUGUACACUGGUAACACUGAGGAAUGAGAAUACAAAUAUUUAGGUGGGAUACCACAAAAUUUUUGGAAGGUGGGCACAUCAGCUGACUUUUACCAUAAUAUUUAGCACUAGAGUAUUUAGUAUUUGUAACCGAGUUCUAAGUCUAGGCGAGAGAUUCAGAUGCCUAAAGAAGUACUUAGUGUCAUGUACAGGCUUGCAGGUGUGACAAGACCAAAAGGAAGCCAAAGCCUUUCUGACAUGGCAGCUGGAGGCUAGGUGAGAGACUACAAGGAGAUGAGAGGCAGAAAAUUAAUUUUACCACAGGAGCUUCUCCAAAGUGAGCCAACUUUACAUCCAUCAGAUUUCCAUCCUUCUCCAGCUGAACUUCUAAAUAAAACAUCAUUGAUGUUAUGUAGCAGGCAGUCCCACUGGGACUAACAUGAACAUUAAGUCUGAGGAGAGGAAAAAGAGAAAAAGGAAAAGAAAAAAAAGCUUGUAUAUCUACAAAUUCUGUCACAUGAAGAAAGGAAAUGGGGAUAGUUCACUUGAUCGUGGGAAGAGACACCAGGGAUGCUUCAAAAAUAACUUCCUUAGCUCAGCUUCUGAAAAAUACCCAACCAGGCAAUAUAUUUGUGCUCUGCUCUUUGCAUUAUCCUGUUGAUCUGCUGAAAACUAUUAAGCUCAGUCUGCAGCUUUGGGACCUAGGCAUUCCUGUCCUCUCUUCACCCAACAACCUCCUCCACAAAGGGCUAAACAAAAUAGGCAGUUAUGCCAGUUCCAAGUAAUACACUUCAUUAGAACACCAAUUCAAAAAUAGUAUUGUUGACAAGCCAUCCAGAUGGUAUUCCUCACUGGACUUGAGGCCAUGCUUGCUCAUUUGCAUUUAUUCAUAAACAAACUUACCCUUUUUGUCUGGAUAAAGAUUCCAAUGCAUUCAUCACAGAAAACAUGGAUUUAGCUGCAAAAACCAGAAAUGCAAUUUAAUCAGACUGCAGUGAGCAAGAAGUAGAACCAGUUUUAUCCUGCUUUAAAUGGUAUGAUUUAGGUAAUGAGAAAAUAGCGUUGCAUGAAUGACUUGUUAUUAAUGACAACUAUUACUCUAGGAUUAAUAAAUGCUGUGCUGGGUAGAGAUUAUUCUCAGUAUUUAAGAAUAGCUAUCACCUGAAAGUUUAGCCCAAAAAUGAGUCACAAGUCCCUUGUCUCAUAUCCACCUCUGUGUUUGUACAUUUGACCCCUUUGUGCAGAAUAUCAGCAACAGAAAAGGAUGGGGAGAUUCCACAGAACGCUAAAAAUACACUUUGAGUUAUCCAACAGCUCAUUACCAUGUAAUGUCCUCUCUAUCUUCUCCAUGCAAGAAAGCAAUGGACUGUCUGGAGCAUGGCUGACAGGCCUUCGCAGUGGGUUAUCCUGGCACAUUUGUGAAAACAAGAGACAGAGAAAGACUCCUUAAAAUACUAGCUGAGACACAGCACGGAUUCUCAGUACUACAAAACAAUGGUUAUUUGUUUUUGUCAAACAGGUUUACCUAUGAUUGUAGUCAUUUCUAAAGAGGCAGCACUGAAUGGAUUUGUGAAAACAUUAUUGUGUAGUAAUUACAUACCAGAUGCCUUUGGAGCAGGGAGCAGCCUUCCAUUCCCUUUUCUUUUGAGCUGAUCACAAGACAUGUUAGCUAAUUUCAUUGUGAUGCUAGAGAUAAACUAAGAAAAUACUUGUUUGUGUUUUCAUUUUAGAAGGAAUAUGCCUGAGCGAAUAGAAGAGAUCAUUAAGUGCCACAGGUGUACUUGGUUAGAGUAUAGUGAAAGUUUCAGCUGAAGAUAGGCACUUAAGUAGCAAGCAAACUCUCCCAGCUUCUCUUCAAGCUCUUGUCUGAAAACUUCUCAUUUCACACUUCAAUUCACAGAGAACAUUCACUGCUGAAGAAUUUUCACUAUGUUCAAAUUCAGGACACUGUUUUCAGAGCAAGGCUUGAGUUAAGCAUUAAUAAAAAGAAGCAUGGAAACUAAUGAGACUUUUUAUACUAAGCUCACAGCAGUUGUGCUAAUCUGCUUUUUACAAAUAUGAUUCUUAAAUUAGCUACUGGAAGGGCAGGAAGCCUGGAGUGACUUAAGGUACGUCACAACAGGAGAAAGUCUAGAUAGCAGGUUUCAGACCAGUUCCUAAAAAACAGUAUUUUCUCCCAGUCCUAUGGGCAAUAAAUUGUCUUUACAUACCAUGAAUAUGGUUAUGAGAAUGAAUGGAAAAUAACCUAAAGUAUUAGACAAUCAGCACUAACUCCUGAAUAGUUAAAAUAAAGCAAGAAGCAACCCCUAAAGUGUUAAAAUUAGUAAGGAAAAUUUUUGUAUUCAUCGUUGUAAGAAAAAUCAGGAGCCAGGCUAUACUAGGCACCAGGUUUUUGAUGGGGUUUUCUUUCGCUUAUUUUUGGGUUGAAUUUUUUGUUUGGUUGGCUUUGCUUGGUUUUUUUUAAAAAUCAAGCAGUUUUUUAACUACCGUGACAACCUGCUCUUACACCACAUAUCCUUCUCACCUAACCUGUGAUUCUUACCAUGCAAAAAUAAACAAGUCUCAGCGUUUCAGUCCA